AUGCUCCUUGUCUUCUCCCGCCUCGCGAUCCGUCCGCAGCUCAGACGAAGUCCCCUCUUACUGCAGACGAGCGCGAACAGGAGGAUCACUGCCCUCAGGAUGCUGCCUAGGGAGGAUGACGCAGUAUACGACUCGGAGCCAGAACGCGAACGGGCGCGGGAAGAAAGACGCCGCGAGCGACGCGCCAAACGCGCCGAAGAGCGCGCCAAACAGAAGCCAGAGGUCAUUGACAUCCCCUCGGAUGAUGACAUACAUGCUAGCGUGCCGGGGAACAACGCAGGACCUUCAAUCGUGAUCACUGCAGGGACCCCCUCUUCCUCAUCCAUACCCAGGCCUUUACCGAAGCCCUUUCAGCGCUUGUCUGUCGACACCCAAGAUGCCCAGCAAUCCCUUGCACCCAUCGCUACACUUGCAGGCCAACAGUCAUCCUCUGCACUCCCCUCGGCCGCCCCUUCUGACGAAGAGCAAGAGGAUGAGCCGGCCGAGUCCCAGUGCCGUUUACCCAUCGCCCACCUCGCCUACACCGGCGCCCCUUCCCGCACCACCUCUCGUUCAAUACCCUCGCGUCAGCCCUCUGCGCAAUCCUCCACCUCGGCUCGUCCCCCUACCUCCGCCCAACCCUCCUCAUCCACCACCGCGCCCAAACCCAAGGCCAAAGGCGCCAAGAAACCCCCCACCCACCGCUUCGCCGCCGACUUCACCGACGAGGACCUCGCCAAGUUCACCACCUGCAUCUGCUGCAAGACCGCCUGGACCGUGCGCAAGUCCGGCACGCAGAAGAUGCUGCACGUCCAGACGUGCGCGAAGAAGCACGGCUUCGCGGACGACCUGGUGCGCAAGCUCGUGCGGCAGCAGAUCGACGCGGCGCCGGAGGGGAGCGGAAGUGGGGGUGCGAAGGGGAAGGGCAAGGGCAAAGCGAAGGAGAUGCCGCCGCCCGAGCCGGAGACGCUGCUGGAGAACCUCGUGAACGAGAACGCGCCGAAGAAGAAGGGAAGGCGUGCGAAGGAUGCGGAGCAGGUGGAAACAGUGAAGAAAGCGGCCGACACACACGAUGCUAUCAAAGAUCGCGCACGCACUUUGUUUGGCCUAGGCGAACCGCAGCCGCCGACGCAGGCUCCUCCGGCAGCUACACAGGCAUUCCAGCCCAGUAGGCUGGCUCCCGUGCGUAGGAUGCAUGGCUUAUUGGAUUACGAGGGCGAGCCAGAGGAUGCAGCGCCGCCUGCGACGCAAGCAUUCCAGCCAAGCAAGCUCGGUGCACGAAAGGUCACGCUCCUGGACUACGACGCAAACGACGCUCCUCCGCCAACCCAGUCAGUCCAACCUAGCAAGCUCGGCGCGCGGAAGGGCGGUCUUCUGGAUUACGAUGCCGCCGACGCGGAGCUCCCUCCGACUCAAGAGUACGCAGCACCCGCCUCUUCAGCCGAAGCCUUCACAACCGCUGGCAUGUCCAAUCUCUCUGGUCCGUCUACCUCCCCCGAACGCUCCAUACUCUCCGACUCCGCCAACCGACCUGCGACACCCCGGACUACGGCGCGGAACGAUAGCCCCGCAAGCGCGCACGCAGUACCUCCGUCAGUGGCAGGUCCCCGAAACAGCCCAGGCUCUCCACAGAGAAGCAGCCCAUGCUCUCCCCAGAGAAGCAGGAGAAGCUCGCCCCGGCUGAGGCGGACGGGGUCCAGUGGUAGCUCUUCGAACGCGCUCCGGGUCGACGAGGUCAUCGAAAUCGACGACGACGACGAUAAUGAUGAUCACCUCCCCAAACCCAUUGCCUUCGACGAGCCCAUUGCCCUUUCCGACCCCUGGGACAGCGACGAAGGCAUCCUCGUCGUCGACAUGUCCACCCGAGAUCCUACCCCUAUCACUUCGCCCGAGUACUCUCCACUUGCAUCGCCUAGGCUCGGCUCCCAUGCUACAACGGGGGACAAGCAACCCUUGGGCACAUAUCACGACUCCAUGGACAUCGACGACCGCCCCAUGGACAUUGACGACCGCCCCAUGGCCAUGGACGACCCCUGGGACGAUCACGAAGCCUACCUCCACGUCGAGCCCGCCGCUUCAUAUACCACGCCUGUACAUACCCCGCCAUCCUCGCCCGAAUCCCUCCCGGAGAUGUCGCCUGUCAGACUGGGCAACUUCUCUGCUCUCAGACCGGGGAAAUUCUCCCCACGCAAGCGCUCGCCCUCGACCUCUUCCACAUCCUCCAUCCCGCUCGCGAUCUCCACCAGGUCGGCCAAGAAGACGCCAAGCACACCGAAGAGAAAGGCCACUUCGCCGCCGGGGGAUACUGCGUCUCCUUCCAAGCGUGCAUCCCCUUCAAAGCCCUCGUCCUCUCGCGCUUCCCCAACCAAACCCAGCACACCCCCACCCAAGAAACCCAGCAAGCCCCGCACAAAGGCACCCAAACCCCCCAAAGAACCCGAACCGACCUUCGACGACGCCUGGGCAGCGAGAAUAAGAGGGCUGAUCACGGCGGACAGGGCGCUGCAUUUUCGGAUUUUGCGGUAUGAGCCCAUCAGCUUCGACGUCUUCACCCACCUCACCGCGCACGAACCCGGCGCCUCAUCGGGCAAGUUCAAGUUCCAUCUGCGUGCGCUCUUGGAUAAGCUGGCUAUCAACUUUUACGGGGCGGAGGGUAUCACUUGGAAGCCUACCAAGAAGUAGACGACCCUGACUGUUCCUGUGCCACAUAUUCUACGCUGUAGAGCAUCAUAGUAAUCUUGUCUAAUGUACUCUCAUGCUGCAUAAUGGCACGCAAACAAUACUUAGCUCAAUC